CAGUAAUGUAGUCGGCCAACAAGUAGCUGGAUCAGCGCUAUCCGCGAGCACUACACAAAGAAAAGGCUUCCAGUCCGGGGUUAUGCGGCGUUCAUGCUUGGAUCGAUGUCGUCAUGCUGUAUUUUAGCCUGGUUGUGAGCUGAUAAUUGUGUUUUGUUUCGCGGCGAGUGUUAUGUGUUGACUGUAAAGAGGACAGUGCGUCACCGUUCAAGAUGGACACUGCCGAAGAAGCUGAUAUAUGUAGGGUGUGUCGAUCUGAGGGAACCCAAGACAAACCCCUCUACCAUCCCUGUGUGUGUACUGGAAGUAUUAAGUUCAUCCACCAAGAAUGCUUGGUGCAGUGGCUUAAACACAGCAGAAAAGAAUACUGCGAAUUAUGCAAGCACAGAUUUGCUUUCACGCCAAUCUACUCUCCAGACAUGCCUUCACGGCUCCCAGUGCAGGACAUUUUCGCAGGACUGGUCACCAGUAUAGGCACAGCAAUCCGAUACUGGUUUCAUUACACGCUUGUUGCCUUUGCUUGGCUGGGGGUUGUACCAUUAACAGCAUGUCGCAUCUAUAAGUGUCUGUUCACUGGAUCUGUAAGCUCGCUCCUGACUCUGCCAUUAGACAUGCUCUCCACAGAGAACUUGUUGGCCGACUGCCUGCAGGGCUGCUUUGUGGUGACCUGCACCCUCUGCGCCUUCAUCAGUCUGGUGUGGCUGCGGGAGCAGAUUGUUCACGGUGGAGCCCCUUUAUGGUUGGAGCAGAACCAGCAGCAACCUGCCAAUGCCGCAGGACCGCCCAAUGAGGCCCCUGGCCAGGGUAAUGGUGGUGCUGAGAACCAGCCCAUGCCAGCUCCGGCUGAACCUCCAGCAGAAAACGCUGCAGCUGCUGAGGCUCCUGACCUCCCCGCUGAUCCUGCUGAAGAGAUGGAGCUUGAUAAUGAGGAUGAGGAUGAUGGAGGAGCUGAAGAUGUGGCAGAUGCUAACAAUGGAGCACAAGAUGAUAUGAACUGGAAUGCUCUGGAAUGGGACCGUGCAGCUGAAGAGCUCACUUGGGAAAGGAUGCUUGGGCUUGAUGGGUCUCUGGUUUUCCUGGAGCAUGUGUUCUGGGUGGUCUCACUCAACACUCUCUUCAUUUUGGUGUUUGCUUUCUGCCCCUACCACAUUGGCCACUUCUCAGUGGUUGGACUUGGUUUUGAAGAAUAUGUUCGUGCUUCACACUUUGAGGGGCUCAUCACCACUAUUGUCGGAUAUGUCCUCUUAGCCAUCACACUCAUUGUGUGUCAUGGAUUAGCAGCGCUGGUGAGAUUUCAAAGAUCACGCCGCUUGUUAGGCGUUUGCUACAUAGUUGUAAAGGUGUCUCUUCUAGUAGUCGUAGAGAUUGGUGUGUUCCCCCUCAUCUGCGGCUGGUGGCUUGAUAUCUGCUCUUUGGAAAUGUUUGAUGCUUCAUUAAAAGACAGAGAGUUGAGUUUCGAGUCAGCACCAGGUACCACUAUGUUUCUUCAUUGGCUGGUGGGGAUGGUCUACGUCUUCUAUUUUGCAUCUUUUAUUCUUCUACUUCGAGAGGUACUGAGGCCUGGAGUAUUAUGGUUUCUCAGAAAUCUGAAUGAUCCAGAUUUCAACCCUGUGCAGGAAAUGAUUCACCUGCCAAUAUACAGACACCUGAGACGAUUCAUAUUAUCUGUGGUUGUGUUUGGCUCAAUUGUUCUUCUCAUGUUGUGGCUUCCUAUCCGGAUAAUCAAGCACAUCUUUCCUUCAUUUCUACCCUACAAUGUGAUGCUUUACAGUGACGCUCCAGUGAGUGAGUUGUCUCUGGAGCUGCUGUUGUUGCAGGUCGUUCUUCCUGCACUGUUGGAACAAGGACACACACGGCAGUGGCUCAAAGGUCUAGUGCGAGCCUGGACCGUGACCGCUGGAUACUUGCUUGAUUUGCACUCGUACUUGCUGGGAGACCAGGAAGACAACGAGAACAAUGCCAACCAGCAAGCCAACAACAAUAACCAACAGGCCCGUAACAAUGCUAUUCCUGUGGUGGGAGAAGGGCUGCACGCUGCCCACCAGGCUAUACUGCAGCAGGGCGGCCCGGUAGGAUUCCAACCCUAUCAUCGGCCUAUGAAAUUUCCUCUAAGGAUUGUCUUGCUGAUAUUGUUCAUGUGUGUGACGCUACUUUUGGCCAGUUUAGUGUGUCUUACGUUACCAGUAUUUACAGGACGCUGGCUGAUGUCCUUCUGGACGGGCAGUGCUAAGAUCCACGAGCUGUACACUGCAGCAUGUGGCCUCUAUGUGUGCUGGCUCUCCAUCAGAGCGAUCACCGUACUGCUGGCCUGGAUGCCUCAGGGUCGCAGAGUCAUCCUGCUCAAGAUUCAGGAGUGGACCCUCAUGAUUAUGAAGACCCUGAUUGUGGCUGUGCUGUUGGCUGGAGUGAUUCCUCUGCUCUUGGGACUGCUGUUUGAGCUGGUGAUUGUAGCUCCUCUCAGAGUGCCGCUGGAUCAGACUCCUUUGUUCUACCCCUGGCAGGACUGGGCUUUAGGAGUGCUUCAUGCCAAAAUCAUUGCUGCCAUCACCCUCAUGGGUCCCCAGUGGUGGCUGAAGACCGUUAUUGAGCAGGUGUAUGCCAAUGGAAUCCGGAACAUUGACCUUCAUUUCAUCAUCAGGAAGCUAGCGGCUCCGGUCAUUGCUGUAUUGCUGCUGUCUCUCUGCAUCCCUUAUGUGAUUGCUGUGGGCAUCGUGCCCCUGCUUGGGGUCACGAUGGAGAUGCAGAAUCUUGUGCAGAGGAGAAUCUACCCCUUUCUCCUUAUGGUGGUGUUUCUGAUGGGGAUCCUCUCUUUUCAAAUCCGACAAUUCAAGCGCCUUUAUGAGCACAUCAAGAAUGACAAGUACCUGGUUGGACAGAGACUAGUGAACUAUGAACGGAAAGCUGGCAAAGCCAGUGCCAGCACACACAGCAGUUCAGUUCAGGAGUAAAGAGUUGGAUUGAGCAUGUGCAAAUGACUGAAUGAGCCUUUCUCUCCUGCUCCCUGUGCUUACCUGUGAUGUGUACAUUCAAACAUCCAUCACAUUCACUAAAAGACUCCACAAACGAACCUCUGGUCUCUCUGAGCCUGCCAGCAAAAAGGGGCGAAAGAGCCAUGUACAUAAACAGGCCGGCAGCCAACCAACCAUGGAUUUAAAAAAACAAUGUCUCACUCCUAAAAAAAGAAAAAAAAAAUGAAGUAUGUGUAUUAAUUUAUUAAAUCUAGUUGUUACUUUGUUUGUGCUAAGACUCGACCCUCUUGGGUCUUUCAUCACCCCUCAUGGAGAGGCCGGUCAGACUUCAGGUCUCUGAACAAACGUCUGGGUCAUAAUGGAGCUGGACUGUCGCAUUAGUACUUUUGUUUUUUUAUUUAUUAGUUCUGAGUUUUCAAUGAAAUUAUAUGAUCUUUAAGUUUUCAAAUGAGAGGCUUUUGUUGAUUUGAUGCUAUGGAUAGUGUGUCUUACGUUAAUUUCCCAAUGCUUUACCCUCUCUGAUAUUAUGUGCAGAGCUGAUGAGGCGGGGUUUAAUGGUUAAGCCACACUCAUACACUUCCGGUCACAUGGGAAAGAGGGAAUUUCAUUCAGCAGCAGUUUGCGCGGGACUGUUGUUGACCAGUUUAAGAAUAUUGAAGCACAGAGUCAGUAUCUAGCAGCCGAACGCCUAGAUUGCCGGUAGUGUUUAUGGCUCACAGUGAGCUGCAAAGCCUACCUCUGUCUGCUAGCUCUUCUUUAACUCUGGAAAAAGUCCUUUGAGUAGCUUAGAAGAGUGCUAAUCGUGUCAGUGGUUGAGCUAGCAUAUUUGUUUGCUGUUCAAGUUGAUAUUGACCGUUGUAUGUCCGUCUCGUUCUCAGCAUGGCCUACUCAACACUUUCUCAUUAACGUAACACUGGCACGUACACAAGUUGCACUUUUUUAGAAAUUAAAAAAUAAAAGAAAAGAGAAGCAUCUUUUAAGAGCAGCAAUAGUUCGGAAACCCUUUAGACCAAAUUUUUUAACUCGCUAUAAUUCAUCAAACUGAUCAAAUCGGCUGAAGUGUAUGGUUUAUUAUGAGUCUUGGUGGGAGAGGCAUCUGUUUUAUGUCUGUAGAUAAAGAGGAGAUCCACAACACACAUUUGUAAAUAAUGUAACUUUACGAUUGUUCGUAGCAGAGUAUUUUUUUUUUCUUCAUUUCAGGUUUGCUGCGUCUGUUACGAGUUCACGAUUCCCUGAAGGGUUUGUCUCAGACGGCUUUAGACAUAGUGUUAAUCAGCGCUGAGAUUCUAUAAGUGACCUUAUAGUAUCUUAUUACACUGAAACUGAUACUGUAUGCUUCUUGAUAGCUUGCGCUCCUCUGGAAGGCAAAUGUUCUAUUUUUAUAUGUGCAACUAGUGACACCGUUUUCAUCUUUGAUCGUCCAUCGAUUUGAUUUCCUCUCAAGUUUUUUGUUUUGUUUUCCUGAGGUCAGCUAGAAUCCAGGUUAAGGUAGUGGUCCAGAACUAAACUCCUUUGUUUGUCUGGUUUACUAAGCCUUUUCUUUUUUCAUAGCAUGUUUGUGUGAGAAAUAUUCAGUAUUCUGAAUGUUUUCAAACCUUCUGCUGGGAGGCUCUCGCUGUAACAAUUACAUCCUCAAAAAGGCAGACCUUUUUUUUUUUGUUUGUUUUUUGAAAACUUUUAUUACAAAUAUUAAAUCACAAAGUGUGGUAUGCACUGUGCGUUUGUGUCGUCUUUAAUCAAUUUUGGAAUAGUUAGUGUACAUAUUUUGAACAAUUGAAUGAGAUACUCAGGGUUUACAUUAGCGGCCUCUUGAUGGUACCUGGUUUGACCUCAUUUUGCCUGACUGAUUCUGUAUGCUGUAGAGUCAACAAGGAGCUGCAAAUAUUCCACUGAGAUUUUGCUCCAUUUUGACAUGAAAGUGUCACGCGGUAGCUCCAGAUUCACAAAAUGGACACUGUGGUCAUAGAGAGCUGGACAUGGACAGCAAUACUCUGGCUGUGGUGUUUACAGUCCACACUGUAAAAAAUCCUGGGUUCCACACAAUUCAUUUGUGUUGGGAUGACAUGACAAAAUUAAGUUGGCUCAUCAUUUUUACAAAUUUAAAGAAAUCGAACAUAAAAUCAAAUAUAAAAAAAUGAACAUUAAGUUGUCUCAAGAAAAAAACUCAAGAAUUAUGUUUUCGGCUCAUUUAAAAUUAGUAUUUUGAAAAAACAGCAAGCAAUAUUUAUUUUGUUACUAUGUUUUUUUUUUCGCUAACUCAGAUUGCUAUACUUAAAAUGUUUCAUUCGUAUGUAAAAUGUAUAUAAAUAUACUGAAAAAAAA